GAAUCAUGUCUGCAAGCGUAUCACAUACGGAAAAAGAAUUAGAUUUAAGUAAUGCUGGUAGAGGUGUAUGGCUCGUUAAAGUACCUAAAUAUAUAGCAAAUAAAUGGGAAAAAGCACCUGGCAAUAUAGAAGUUGGUAAAUUAAAGAUAACGAAAAACCCUGGUCAAAAGGCAGAAGUAUCUCUUAAAUUAUCAGAAGCUGUUUUAGCUUUAAAAGAACCUGGAGAAGAAGAAAUUCCAAAACAACAUAGAUUAGAUGUUACAACAGUAACAAAACAAAUGUUAGGUGUAUUUUCUCAUGUUACACCUUCGAGUAGUUCAGAUUCUAUAGUUCCAGAAACUGAAAAACUUUAUAUGGAAGGAAGGAUUGUACAAAAAUUAGAGUGUAGACCAUAUGCUGAUAAUUGUUAUAUGAAAUUGAAAUUACAAAGUAUUAAAAGAGCCUCUGUACCACAAAGACAAGUCCAGCAAUUAGACAGAGUAGUCCAAAAUUUCAAGCCUAUUUCUGAUCAUAAGCACAAUAUUGAAUAUGCAGAAAAGAAAAAGGCUGAAGGUAAAAAGAUGAGAGAUGAUAAGGAUGCAGUAUUGGAUAUGUUAUUUGCUGCAUUUGAAAAGCAUCAGUAUUAUAACAUUAGAGAUCUUGUUAAAAUUACAAGACAACCUAUUGUAUAUUUGAAGGAAAUAUUAAAUGAAGUUUGUAAUUAUAAUUUAAAAAAUCCUCACAGAAACAUGUGGGAAUUGAAGCCAGAAUACAGACAUUACAAAGAAGAAGAAAAACUUUCUGAAAAUACUCAAAAGAAAACUGAUGAAUCAGAUGAUGAUUAA